GCUAUGAAAUCGUAGCCAAUCAUCUCUCCAUAGUCUCAAUCCAACAAAGGAAAAAACAUAUGCAGUCGAAAAUCAAAGCAUAUUUCAAGCCCCGCACUCCCAAGACCUUCGCCGCCUCUCCGAUCUCCGGCGAUUCGCCCUACGGCGGCAAGGAAACAAACAAGGAAUACCCAGGAACCACCAUUACCCACAAGCCCAGAACUUCCGAUCCGUGCGGAGAUGAAUCAAAUGGUGAAUUGUUGCCCAAGAAAAUUGGUUCAGGGAGUUCACUUCAAAAGAAUCUGAAUAAGAAGAGGAAGUAUGCCCAAUUUCAUUUGGAAUUGGGUCAGUCUGAUUUUCUACUGCACACUUGUAAAGUGUGCGGGUUCCGGUAUGCCACUGGUGAAGAAGGGGAUGAGAAGGUUCACCAAACAGUUCACAGGAAUUACACUCAGGGAAUCCCAUUUAAGGGUUGGCAAAAUGAAAGGAUCAUACCAAGUCCUUGUGAAGCAGGACGUAUCAUAUCGGUGUUAAAUGAUGACUCUCCUCCCUGGAGAAAUAAGGUUCAGGAAGUUGUAAAGAUGAUGGAGAUGGAACUCGGAGAUGGCUGGAUAUAUCAUCAACGGUGCAAGGUGUAUCUAUAUAUAUCCUCCCGAAGAAUUGCGGGAUGCCUGAUGGUAGAACCUAUAGAGAAGGCAUAUAGAAUUGUCUCUAGUUCAUCAGACAACGGCCCUAGUACUUUGGCUAAAACAGAACCAAGUCGGGAUUCACCAGUUCUGCAAUUUGGAGGGGUCAGUUUUCAAAGGGAAAAGGUCAGAAGAGACCCCUCUAAGGAGAAACACGAAGCUUUGGAUGAACUCCUAAAUGGAGUUAUCUUGUGUGAGAAAGAUGGCGUAUCUGCUUCAUGUGGCAUUCGAGCCAUUUGGGUCAGCCCUUCCAAUAGAAGAAAACACAUUGCUAGUUAUCUGCUGGAUGCUGCUAGGAAAACUUUCUGUGAUGGUGUAGUUCUAGAGCGGGCUGAGCUGGCAUUCUCUCAGCCAACUUCAGCAGGGAAGAAGCUCAUAUCCAGCUAUACUAAUACUUCAUCUUUCCUCCUCUACACUUCCUCCAUUGACUCAUAAUGAGUUCUGUGUGUAUACUCCCAUUAAAACCCACAGAAACUUUGGAGAUUGGGACCAGAUCAGGUGUGGAAAUGCACUCUUGUCUAACUUCAACUUGAUAGUGCAGUUGGUGUAUGACACAGUAUGAGGGCUAAAAUAAAUUCAAAUGUUAUUUUUGGAGGCUUACUCGAACGAUUGCAACAUGAAAUCGGCACGUAUUUGUACGAGUGCAUCGUAAAAUUAUGCUUAUUCAAGACGAGUUUUCAACAAUGCAGUCUGUACCG